CAAAACAAACCCUCUUUCUUCCUUGAAGACCCUGGGAAAAACCUCGUGUCUCAUCUCAGCCACCCAGCCCUUCCUGAAAACCGCCCACUUACAUUAUUUUCCACCGGCUCUUUCUCUCUUUCCUCCCCAUGCCUACCCUUUCCCCUCUUCCACCCCCUCGGUGGCCCCUUGGCUGUCUUUGGAGACUCCAAACCCGGGGCAAAAGGUAGGAAAAAGCGCUUCGUGGGGCAGAGGGAGCUCCCUUGCGCCCUGGCAAAGCGGCAGGAGGGGUAAGAAGGCGGCAAUCCCGAGCUCUUUGCCAGGGUGGCUUCCCUCCCCUUCCUUCCUGCCUGCCUCUCCUUUCUUCCCUCCACCCUGCUUGCCUUACAAGCCGGGCAGGUUCUGCCAUCUAGAGCGCUUGCGGAGAUCUCUCUAAUCCGCUGGGUUUCCCCCCCCCCUCCCCCAGCUCUUUUGCUCCUCUUCUUUCCACCCACCCGUGUCCCUGUCUUGGUGGGUGCGUGCGUGUGUCUGCGAGGAGCCUGGCACCCCCCUCCCUUGCUCUCUCCCAUCCAUCCGUCCACACGUACACGCGGGAACAGGAUCUGCUUCGCGUGAACUUGGGCACCUGUUCUCCCCCGCUGGCAUGCGGUCCCUACCUUGGGAUGCCUUGGGAAGCGGACCCUCCACAAAGCACCGGGAUGCUUAGCCAUUCCCAACGAAAGUCUUUUGGAAAGCAAAAGGCACAAGUUUGAUUUUGUGUCUCCUGCCCCCCCCCCUCGCCGCCGCCGCCUUUUUCCAAUCUCUCUCUCUCUCUCUCUCUCUCUCUCUCUCUCUUUCUCUGUGUGCUGUGGAUGAUCUUCCUGAGUGAGGAGUCUCCAGGCUUGAGUCAUUUGGACUCCGCUGAAUCCGGUUCCAUCUGCAAGCAUCCUUCGUUUUUGCCUGGCUGGAUCGACUGGGGAUUCUAAAAAUAUUGUUGUUCUGCCUUCCUCUGAAGAAAAAGAAGGGGGGAGAAAGGAAGAAAGAAAAGGGGGGAGGAAUGGCAUAGCAAGCAGAACUCGGCACCUUCCGGAGGUUGGCUUAUCAAACCAAGGAGAAAUGUGAUUUCGGAAAGGAUGCCUGAAUGUGUCAAGAGAACUUUUCUGAUCAAGAACAAGACCGUUUCUGAUUUCCCCAUAGAUGCUGUCAACUCCUUCCCAGGACAGUAGAGGGUUGGGGAGCAAAACACACCUAAACUUCAAUGCACCUAUUCUCAAGGUCAAAGGAUUUUAUUCAAUAAACUGGUCCCAUCGUGUGAUUUACCAUGGAAAAAUUGUUUUGUAGCAUCCUGGUGUUUGGAGUCGCUGUUGUGGUCAACGCUUGUCCAAAAUAUUGUGUCUGCCAGAACCUUUCUGAGUCACUGGGGACUCUUUGCCCAUCCAAGGGUCUCCUUUUUGUACCACCAGACAUUGACAGAAGGACGGUUGAACUCCGGCUUGGGGGAAACUUCAUUAUUAACAUCAGUAGACAAGACUUUGCAAACAUGAGUGGACUUGUUGACCUUACGUUGUCUAGGAAUACAAUCAGCUACAUACAGCCGUAUGCUUUUGCUGACUUGGAAAGCCUACGCUCUUUGCAUUUGGAUAGUAAUAGGCUGCCUGAUAUUGGGGAGGACAUUUUGAGAGGCCUGAUUAAUCUUCAGCAUUUGAUUCUAAACAACAAUCAGUUGGGAUAUAUUUCAGAUGAAGCAUUUGAAGAUUUCUUGGUGACCUUAGAAGAUCUGGAUCUUUCCUACAAUAACCUUAGAGGUAUCCCUUGGGAAUCUAUAAGGAAGAUGGUAAACUUGCACCAGAUCAGUUUGGACCAUAAUUUAUUGGAUUAUAUUACAGAGGGAACCUUUGCAGAUCUUCAGAAAUUGGCCAGGUUGGAUCUAACAUCUAACAGACUUCAGAAGCUCCCUCCUGAUCCUAUAUUUGCCCGGUCCCAAACAUCUCCUUUAACCUCAACUCCAUUUUCCCCACCUUUAUCUCUGAGCUUUGGAGGAAACCCUUUACACUGUAACUGUGAGCUGCUUUGGCUGCGGCGUCUUGACAGAGAUGAUGAUAUGGAAACAUGUGCUUCUCCUCCAGGUCUAAAAGGGAGGUACUUUUGGUAUGUCAGGGAGGAGGAAUUUGUUUGUGAGCCCCCUCUGAUAACCCAGCAUACUCACAAAUUAUUGGUUUUAGAAGGACAAACAGCCACUUUAAAGUGCAAAGCCAUUGGAGAUCCAUCUCCAGUCAUUCAUUGGGUGGCACCAGAUGACCGGUUGAUUGGGAAUUCUUCACGGACAGCUGUUUAUGACAAUGGCACCUUGGAAAUCCUGAUCACAACUUCCAAGGAUUAUGGGAAAUUCACUUGCAUAGCGGCUAAUGCUGCAGGAGAGUCCACUGCAACAAUUGAAUUGUCCAUUGUUCAGCUUCCACACCUCAGCAAUGGUACGGGUCGAGCAGCCCCACCCAAAUCAAGAUUGUCGGAUAUUACCAGCUCCAGCAAGUCUAAUCGAGCGGAAACCAAAGGGCCACCAGAAAGAGCAGUCUUGAUCUCUGAGGUGACAACUACCUCGGCAUUGGUCAAAUGGACAGUGAGCAAAUCAGCUCCAAAAGUUAAAAUGUACCAGUUACAAUAUAACUGCUCGGAUGAUGAAGUCCUAAUUUAUAGGAUGAUUCCUGCAACAAAUAAGGCUUUCGUGGUGAACAACCUAGUUUCUGGAACAGGCUACGACCUUUGUGUCCUGGCCAUGUGGGAUGACACUGCUACAACGCUCACUGCUACCAACAUUGUGGGCUGUGCCCAGUUUUAUACCAAAGAGGAUUAUCCCCAAUGCCACUCCAUGCACAGCCAGUUCCUGGGGGGAACAAUGAUUCUCAUCAUUGGUGGUAUUAUUGUGGCAACUCUGUUGGUGUUUAUUGUCAUACUCAUGGUUCGGUACAAGGUUUGCAACAAUGCUCCAGGAAAGAUGGCCAACGUUAGCAAUGUCUAUUCACAAACCAAUGGAUCCCAGCCUGUCCAGAAUGGGGUCCUUCCACAAGUCAACCCCAAAGUGGUGGUAAGGAACGAGUUAAUGGAGUUUAACUGUGAGUCAGCACACAGUAGUAUCUCUUCUUCAUCAAGCUCUGUGAAUAGUCGUGACUGUGAUGGCUACAGUCUUCAAAGUGAACAGGGAACAUUGUCCAGUAAAUGGAGACCCCCAUCGAGGUCAAAGCACAACAACAUUGACCGGCUCAUGGGAGCUUUUGCAUCGCUGGAACUGAAGUGUCAGAAAAAGGAGGAAGCAAUAGAUUCCAGGACUUCAACAGUGGCCCGUCACUCAGACAAGGAGCCACUGCUGGGCCAGCAGGAAUCCAAAUUCUGUAGCCUCCUCAUGUUACCUCUGGAGGGUAAAACUAAACGUAGCCAUUCUUUUGACAUGGGGGACUUUUCCACCUCACAAUGUUGCAAUUACCCCAAAAAGAUUACAAACAUUUGGACAAAACGUAGUCUGUCAGUGAACGGCAUGCUUUUGCAAUAUGAUGACAGUGACCUAACAGGGGCAAAGGGGACUUAUGGGAGCUCCGAGUGGGUCAUGGAAAGCACAGUGUAGAUAAGAGUUUUCUCCAUUCCAUUCUUAGUCCCUCUGAACAUAACAAGGUCCAUGAUUGUUAAAACAAAACGGCCAUAAAUAUGUGAGAAAAAGAAGAAAACAGAAAGUGACACACACACACACAGAGCUGUAUAUUGGUCAGUAAAUAUUAAAGUAAGAAAAAGAAAUAAGAUUGAAUAAGAGAAGUUAUGACAUGUUGAAAAAGGGUUCAAUGUGUGUGUGUAAGAGAGAGAGAGAGAGAGAGAGAGAGAGAGGGAGGAAGUAGCUGAUUAAAUGUCUCCGAAAUAUUUGUUCUGUGUGGGUGAAUGUCUGAAGCUGAUCACCAGUAGUGUUCAGUACUUGUUUCUCGGUGAACUGUUGAACAAGAAUAAAUGAGGAUUAACACAGGUGAAGAACACAUCUUUAAUUCAAAGGGGCAUUCCCUUCCUCUUCAUUUUUCUCAUUGUGUAAGAACACUUCCAUGGAUAUAAGGCUGAAAGCAAAAGAACCACAGCUGCCACUGCAUAAAAACAUCUGGAGAAAUGGAGCAUGUGUGUGCACAAUACCAACUUUGCAGCAUAAUCUCAUGAUGGUGUCAGCAACCUGUGGAGAUUUCCUUGCCAUUGCUAUUUUUCCUUAGAAUAAAAAGGUCUCCUUUUUUAUUUUGAUGCUUUCCUUUCCUUCACUUCUUUCCCCUCAUAUUUUUGGCAGCACCGAAAUACAUUAAAAAUAACAUUUACUUGGGGAUUUAGUUUUCUUUCUCCUCUUCUUCUAUCCCCUUUUUUACACUAUAAGGGAAAAGUAUUAAGUAUACUGCUUGGUUUUUCCCUCUCCACACCUAGUCAAUUUCAUGUGUGGUUCCUUGUUUGCUACUGUACAAGCAGACUGUCUGAGAUUAAGGGUAGAUCGUGUGAAAGUUUUGUCUCAGAAUUGGCGAUGGGUGAAGAGAAGAUAACUCAGUUUUUCCCUUCUAAAAGAAGUGAAGAAGGAAGUUGCUCUGGUGAACUCUUCAUAAAUUGUUCCUAGUGAAGGUUAUACUGUUGCUGUUUGUUCAGCUGAUCAAAAAACAUGCAGACUCACAUGUAAAUUAGGCCUUUGUGAUGCAUAUCCAAAAAGGAUGCACCAUGAAAGCAAGAGCACAAAAUUUGAAGUUGUUAGGCAUGUCUUGUGAUUGAAUUACUAUGAUGGUGUUUCCCAUGAGCCACGGAAAACAAGAUGCAUUGUAGAACAGAUGGCAUCUCAGGUUCAACUGUUCAGCAUCUUAAUCUUUUAUCCAACUCGUUACCACAUUCACAUCUUUCUCUCUUGUCAAGGUCCAUGUCCAAUUGGAGACCAUAUUUUAUGGCCUGUCAACUGAUAGUCAAAAUCAUUCAUUUGACAAUUGUCACAGGAUCUGACAUUGUUCUGGAUGCAUGUGUUUCCACCCUUCUAACUCAUGACUACUGUGAAUCUUUUGCAUUUUUCAGCAAUGAGAGCAAUUGCCUUUACUUCCAAGUCAUUGUCUGUAUUUAUUUGCUCCCAAGGUUUUGGUCUACUGGGAUUCACAUUCCAAAAUAGCACAUUAUUUAUUAUUUCAAAGCAGUGCGCAGAAGAAGAAAAAGAUUGUAAAGUGCAGAAGAAGCAGAGACACACAUACAAAAUCUCUAUGUAUUAUUUUUUUUAAGAGAAAAGGCUCAGAGAUAUAUUGUGACAUGACUGUGUAUUUGAUCUUGUUAUUUGUCAUGUUUCCUAUUUGAAGUUUUAGAAAAAAAUAUCCCUGUGAUCAAAAUAUUUUCUUCCCCAUCCCCUCCCCACCCUCUUUUGCUACAAAAUGUGUACAGUAAAAAAAUUAAUCUACCUUCUUUUGUUCAUUCAUUCUGAGAUCCUGUUUUUAAUGCUAAACACUAAUAUUUCUUACAAAAGUAAAAGAUCCUUGAAAUCA